UGGGUCACGCAGUAUUAGCAACUGGACCCGGAAGCAAAAACGAAGGGGUGGAGAAGCAGUCGGAAAGGAGGGCCCCGUGUCCCGGUCGGCCGGCUGGGGGCGGGGUUGGGCAUGAUAACGGAUCAGAAGCUGAGGGGGCUGGGCCUGAGGGAGGCGGAGGAACCGGCAUCGGACGCCGCCGCAGCUCCAGCUUGUUCCGUGUGGCCCCAGCGGGCCCCGCUUCAGCCAUCAUGAUCCACGGCUUCCAGAGCAGCCACCAGGACUUCUCCUUCGGGCCCUGGAAGCUGACGGCUGCCAAGACCCACAUCAUGAAGUCGGCGGAUGUGGAGAAGUUAGCUGAUGAAUUGCAUAUGCCAUCUCUCCCUGAAAUGAUGUUUGGAGACAACGUUUUGAGAAUCCAGCAUGGCUCUGGCUUUGGAAUUGAGUUCAAUGCUACAGAUGCUUUAAGAUGUGUAAACAACUACCAAGGAAUGCUUAAGGUAGCCUGUGCUGAAGAGUGGCAGGAAAGCAGGACGGAGGGUGAACACUCUAAAGAAGUUAUUAAACCAUAUGAUUGGACGUAUACAACAGAUUAUAAGGGAACAUUACUUGGAGAAUCACAUAAGUUAAAGGUUGUACCUACAACGGAUCAUAUAGAUACAGAGAAAUUGAAAGCUAGAGAACAAAUUAAGUUUUUUGAAGAAGUUCUCCUGUUUGAGGAUGAAUUGCAUGAUCAUGGAGUUUCAAGCCUGAGUGUGAAAAUUAGAGUAAUGCCUUCUAGCUUUUUCCUGUUGUUGCGGUUUUUUUUGAGAAUUGACGGGGUGCUUAUUAGAAUGAAUGACACGAGACUUUACCAUGAGGCCAACAAGACCUACAUGUUACGAGAAUAUACAUCACGAGAGAGCAAAAUUGCUAAUUUAAUGCAUGUUUCACCUUCCCUCUUCACGGAGCCUAAUGAAAUAUCACAGUAUUUACCGAUAAAGGAGGCAGUUUGUGAGAAGCUGAUAUUUCCAGAAAGAGUUGAUCUUAACCCUGCAGACUCACAAGAAAAUAAACCUGUGGAAUAGAAUGUGAUGCAGCAUAUACGUGCCAUGAAAUCUGACUGGAGAUCUUGGCUAUUUGUAGGGGGGUAUUUUUACUAUGAAAAUUAAUUGCCUUGUUUAUGUGCAGAUUUUCUGUAGCCUUGAAAGAAAAAUAAAAGAUUGUUGCAGGCAGGUUCCACUCAACUGAUGUUUGUACUGUCUUCAGGUUCAUAUUCCAGAUUUAUAUUUUCUGGAGUUAAAUUCUGAUUUCUAAGUUGUCAUAAAGUGGGACCUCAGUAGUAGUGAUGUGUGUAUGUCUCAACGAGCAGUGGGCAUAAUCUGCUUCCAUCAUGAAACGCUGUCUUCUAUCAUGAGGAGGUUAAUUUAAAUCCUCAAAUCAGAACACAUUGUGACUUCCAUAGGAUUUGUGGUUGUGCAUGUUGAUGUACUAGCUCCUCGCUUUGGGCUUUUUGUGUUUGCUUGCACUUGCGGAGAACUGUAACUUGCCACCUUGGAAGUUAUUCUCGGACUUUAAUGAUCUCCCCCUGUAAUUUUUUUAAAAUAUAUUUCCCCCUAAAUUUAAUUAGCUUUUGAAGUUUGAAGAAAGUGUUAGACAUAGAACCAAAAAAAUCUAGGUUUUUUAGCUAUUAUGUCCAUGGAAACACAUAAACAUGGUUUAUCACUGACAGGAUGCCACAGCUGUCUUUUUUUCCAUCUUUAGGUGCUUUUUCUUAUAUUUGGUUCUACUUGUACUGACAUUUUUGUACUUCCACUUUCUGUAAAAUGUCAAAGUAAAUAGAUGCGUCGAAUUUCAUACUGGUCCUAAAAAAUUUGAAGAGUUUUACCAGGGAUUGUUUUUAGCAAAUAUUAAAUCAGCUCCUAAAGCAAUUAGAUUAAUUUUCUCCUUAAAAUAUUUGGGGGUAGGUGUGAAGGAGGGGGCUUAUUUUAAAAUAUGAAUAUCGGUUUUUCUAUUUUAAGAUUCAUGUUUCUAACAUUACAGGGGAUCCAGUAAAAUGUAAUAAUUUAGUACAGGAUCCCGGUACUACAGAAAGUACAAAAAAGUAAAUUUAAAAUCCAUUUGGCUAUUUUGAUGAUGACCCUUUAUAAACAUUUUAUAUCCUUUUCUGCCUUUCUAAAUGGUCUUCAUAAAGUGGAAAGUGGUUAUAAAGCACCAAGUAAGGAAUUAACUUGAAAUGGACUUCUAAAAAUAUAUUUUUAGAGGGCAGGGGAAAAGCUCAUCUCUUUUUUUCUGGUUUGCAAUUACUGUUGUACAUAUUUCCACCUGCUGGAUACAUCAUUAAAUAAGAAUAUUUAAUUGAAAGUAUUAGCAAAGCUCUUCAGGUGUUAGGCUGAAGAUAAAUUUUAGUGAAACAAAUACACUUAGAUAAUCAUUGUGUACCAUGAGCGACAGGCAGGGUGUCUUUUAUUAGCUGAAUUUGAUCAUAAAUGGUUUUGGUAUUUAUCUGCCUUCCACUGCAUCACCUAUAAGGUAUAAAAAAUCAAGACUUUGUUGGCUUUAAGAAAAUACAUGGCAUGUACACUGUAUAUGAAAUAUACCUAUAUUUAAGUUAAUGUUUUCUCUGAGUACAGCCAGUGUAUAUAUUGUACUCACCUUUUUGUUUUACUUUAUUUGCCAUGCAGAUUUGAAUGGAACAGACUAUUCAUGCAAGUUAUAAGAAAUGAAAAACUUGUAAGAAUGCACAUUAGUUGGAGUUUCUAGGCUACAUCAUAUUUUCAUUUUUCUUUGAAAGUAAAUCAGUAUAUUAAAAAAUAUAUACAUACAUACUUUUUUUUAACUUGUUGAUUCAAAUGUCUUGUUCUCUGAAUCAGUCUUAGAUUACUUUUUUUGAGAAUCCAUUGUUAAAAAUUGUAGGGAAUUAAAAGACUUGCCCCCACCCCCAGGGUAAGAGGGGUAGGAUGAGUGUACUUCUGAAAACUUCAUUAGUUUAUUACUAUGGAGAAUACCAAGCAACCUGUGUUUGCCUAUUGCUAAAUAAGACCUAUGCCAUUUCAUAUUUAUUUGUUCCAAGUGUCUUUUUGUAAAAGGAAUAAACAAUAAAGAAUUACUGAUCUAUGUUUUGUUCAUUUAUUUCACUUAUUCUUAGAGCUUAAUUAAAGAAGAUGGUUUGGUAUACUUUCUUGUUUGUGCUUUAUGUGUUGUCCACUUGGUCAGCAUUGUAGCUAGAUUCUUCAGGCUGAUUAAAAACGAAAAUCUAACAGAUAGCUUAGGAUAUAAUCUCCCAGUUUAGCAUUUGGGCUUUGAUUUCUCCUCUCCUCUCAUCCCCCUUCCCCCUGGUAGUUUAUUGGAUGUUUUAAUCAUUUAGUGUUUUCUGUGUUAUGGGUUAAUGUUUUCUAUUUUUGAAAAUUUAUCCUGUGUAUCACUCCAUUUAGUUGUGAAAACUAUGUGUCCAAUACUGUACUAAUAAGUACAUUGAUGGAAAUAAUGCUGAGUUAGAGAAUAACAGAAAUUAACUUAGUAGAGGUAGUCAAGAGUUCAGCUUCUCAAUAGGAUGUAGCAAGCCUCAUGAGAACAUCACACCCAAUUGAACAAGGAGAAAGAACUAGAUAAUCUACAAAAUUAUAGCUUUGCUUGAGUGUAUCAGAGAGUUGUGGUCAUCAGGCAAGCAAGCAACUGAAUCCCAAAGAGUGAUAAGCCCCUCCAAGGAGAUGGAACAUACAAACUGUUUCACCUCAGGAAGAGCACAAGAGAGGUGGCUACCAUUCAAGUGGGUGUAGGCGUGUAGGAAUCCAUGGGACUUGAGGGUGUGACAGAGAAAAACCCUCCUGUACUCUAGGUGCACUCUAAACAGAAGGUACCAGCGGCAACAAUUGGAGACAUUUGAAGCCUAUGGUGCACUGAAGGUAACAAUAGCAACAAUAUGAUCCAAACCCAGAUGAACUCUUGCCUACAGUGAUGCAGCCUACAAGCUAAUGGCUUGACGGAAGUGUGCACAUUUUCAGGUGUAAAUGAUCUACUUCAGUUCCUUCUGUUCCACACAUGAUCUCUGGCAUUCAACAAAAAAAGUUUCUACAGAGACACAAGAAGAAACAGCCCAUUAUCAGAAGGUAAAGCAAUAAACAACCAGAUUCAGAGACGACACUGAUGUUGGAACUAUCAGACAGGGACUUUAAAACAACUAUGAUUAAUAUGCUAACAUAUCUAGUAUGAAAUGUCAGUAGAGAGAUGGAUAAGAGCCAAGUGG